UAUUUAGACGAUUAUAGACAAAGCCACAAUUGAAAAAUAAGUGUUUACAUUAAAGCACAUUGUAUACCAGUGUGGCCAGAUCGUGCGAUUUUUUUACCCCCACUUUGUACCGCUUUUCAAUGUUGUCAGAUGAGAGUGGCCUACAAAGUGGGGGUAAGAAAAGAGCACGUUCUGGCCACACUGUUGUAUACACAAUUCAACCAUCCGUUGUUUUCACACAAUUUUAAGAAUCAAUAAUAUGAUGGUUCGACUAAAUAAUAAAAUACCUAAGAUAUAUGAAAAAUAAUUGUGUAAAAAUAAUAAACAAUCAACUCAAGACAAAAUACUUUCACUCGAUAGAUCUCAAACGUCAAUUUGAUUCAAUUGAUGAUAGUAGUCUCUUUAAAAAGAAAUUUAAUAUUUUUCUAAUCCAAAAUAAAACAAAAACAAUGUCAUCCAGUUCUAAAAAAAAAUCAUUCAAAAAACGAAAUUUAGAAAAUCUUGAUCACAAUCUUCAGCAUACAAGUAAAUUAAAAACUAUAAAAUCAAAUGAAAGUGAACUUCAAAAAAAAAAACUUCGAAGUAACUCAAGCUUAGAAGAAGCUCUGAAAGAUUGUAAACAACUUGAAGAUCCACCAAUAACAAACUCUGAGAAAUUACUAUCUUCUAACCGAUUAACAUAUAAUUUUUACAAUAUUCCGUGUGAGCAAUUGGCACAACAAUUAUUAGGAAAAAUACUAGUACGUAAGUUAAAGAAUGGAAAAAUACUAAAAGGAAGAAUUGUUGAAACAGAAAGUUAUCUUGGAGGAAUUGAUAAAGCUUCGCAAACUUAUCAAAAUAAAGUUACAUCUCGAAAUUUACCAAUGUAUAUGCCUCCAGGAACAAUUUAUGUUUAUUUAACUUAUGGAAUGUAUCACUGUUUCAAUAUAUCUAGUCAAGGUGAAGGUGCUGCGGUUCUUUUAAGAGGAAUCGAACCACUAGAGGGCAUUGAAAAAAUGAUGAGUUAUCGUACAUCAAACUUAAAAUCAAAAAAUAAAAAAAUAUUAAAAAUACACGAGUUAUGCAAUGGACCAUCAAAAUUAUGUUUGUCAUUUAAAAUUAAUAGAGAUUGUUGUAAAUAUUCAUUGUGUUCUUGGAAAAAUAUGUGGAUUGAAAAUGAUAGUAACCCAUCAGAAGAAACAAUAGAAAUAAUUCAAUGUCCAAGAAUUGGAAUCGACAGUGCUGGGCCCGAGUGGGCAAUGAAACCUUUACGUUAUUAUAUUUAUAAUAAUACUUCGGUGAGUAAACGCGAUAAAAAAGCCGAAGAUAACUUUAUUAAUCAAAAAUAAAAAAUGUUUCUGUUUAAAUUAUAAAUU